ACAGCGACGCUCCUCUGCCCCGCGCACCUCCAGGAGAACACGGAGAAACCAGAGAAGAAACGCAGCCCCGCGGGAGAAACACGGAUUUUUUACUUUUAUACGGAAAUAUCGCCAAACUUUACGCACGGGAGCGGCGCAAACAGAAGGAACUAUCGAGGCUGUGGUUAUCUACCGCAUCAGAUCUGUGCAGAGGCGCCCCCAGCGACGCGCGUCACCGGGGCUCAUCUGGUGAUAGGACAGAUUCGCUCCAGGGUUUAAACCGCGCCGUGGAUCUGCUUUACGCACAGACACGGGGGACAGAGACACACAGAGAGCGCGUGGCACCAUGGGCAGAGCUGCAGGAUGGCAGCCGAUAACUAUAUAACCCAGCGCUCCAAACUCCAGUAAAAACAAACGCGCGCAUUUCAAACCGCCGUGAUGUUGUCCGACAAAGACGACCCGUGUCACCGGAUAGAGCACAUCGACUCCAGCACCAGCCCCGUCAUCAGCGCCAUCAUGUUCGGCGCCGGGAUCUUCGGCAACGUCGCCGCUUUGGUCAUCCUGGACAUCCGGAGACGCAGAGAGAACAAAAUGAACGGAAACCGGCGGCGCGCGCUGUUCCACGUCCUCAUCAUUGCUCUGGUGGUCACGGAUUUGACGGGGACGUGCCUGGUCAGCCCCCUCGUGCAGCUGUCCUACUCCAAAAACACUACGCUGGUCGGGUUCACGCCGGAGAGUCGCUCGGUGUGCUCGUACUUCGGGUUGAGCAUGACGUUUUUCAGCCUCGCCACGAUGUCUCUGUUGUUUACGAUGGCGUUGGAACGAUGUUUAGCGAUCGGGUAUCCGUACCUCUACAGCCGCUACGUCACCAGAAAAUGCGCGUACUUCAUCAUUCCGACUGUUUUCUUUUUAAGCGCCUUGUUCUGCCUCUUACCGUUCACCGGAUUUGGGAAAUACGUCCAGUACUGUCCCGGGACUUGGUGUUUUAUUGACAUGAACCCAGAACACAAAAAGGACCGCGUUUACGCUAACUUAUACGCCACGGUGAUGCUAGUGCUAGUGCUAGCGAUAGUGGCGUGUAAUCUGUUCGUGGUGUAUCAGCUGUUCAGAAUGUACCAGAGACGCAGGAGGAACGGGUCCGUGGUGGCGCCGACGAGGUCCAAAAGCGAGCGACGGGCGCUGUCGAUGGCGGAGGAGGUGGAGCAUCUCAUCCUCCUCGUGUUUAUGACCAUCAUCUUCAUCAUCUGCACCAUGCCCCUAGUGAUCCGCGUCUACAUGAACUCGUUCGAACGGCGUAAGGAGUCGCACCAGGCCGACCUCGUGGCCCUGCGCUUCAUCUCCAUCAACUCCAUCAUCGAUCCGUGGGUCUUCAUCUUCUUCUCCCCCAGCGUCAUGCACUUCUGUUUGGCGUCGGUUUGCAGGACGCCGCGCGGUUUCACCAGAGGCUCCAUCUUCAAACUGUCUCUGAGUCAAAAGAACUCGGUGGUCCAACAGGAUCUAACCCAACCCACGCUGAAGUACACAGAGGACUUAACCUGCCCCACCGCGGAGACGCUAUGACACUAUACAAGUAUUAGAGUUUUAUUUUAUUUAUUUGUACUUUUUUCAAGAGGCUGGGCCGAUGGAAAAUGGCAGAACUCGAUUUGAACUACAGGAACGGGCGAUGUUUCUGUUCACAGACUCAAUACUGAUAUUUUGUUGUUUUUUUGCACUGGCCUGUUCUCGUUGUGCAACAGACAAAUGAGUCAAAAUGGAAAUAGAAAAGAGUUAAAUGAAGAUAUGUGACCACAGACCGUAGAUAUAAAUGGACGUAGGAAGUGAUCACAGGCGUAGUUCUGGCUCCAUCGACUCUUUCUCUGUCUCUGCUGCUUCAGACUCAUUUUGGUCAUAAAUGUUCAUAUUAACCCUCUACAUGGU